AUGGCGUUUGCGGUCUCCGACGAGCUGCUGGGCACAUUCGUGCCGAUUGCGGUGUACUGGCUCUAUUCGGGGCUGUACAUCGUGAUGGACAGGAUGGAGAUUGACGACUACCGGCUCCACCCCAAAGGGGAGGAGGAGGUGAAGAACGUCGUCUCCAAGUGGACGGUCGUCAAGGGUGUCCUUGUGCAGCAGGGGUUUCAGAUUGCGGUCUCACUUCUCCUGUUCACGGGCCUCAUUUUGGACACGAUUGGUGGCGCCCUCUCGUUCCUCGUCGCCGGAAUGACUCCUAGGACGUCCAUAUUCUUCUUCUCAUUCGCAACCAUCAAGACCGUCGACGAUCACUGCGGCCUGUGGCUUCCUGGGAAUAUCCUCCACAUGCUGUUCAGCAACAACAGCGCUUACCAUGACAUCCACCACCAGCUCUACGGCAACAAGUACAACUUCUCGCAGCCGUUCUUCGUCAUGUGGGACAAGAUCCUCGGGACCUACAUGCCAUACACUCUGGAGGAGCGCAAGGGAGGAGGUUUGGAGGCGCGCCCUGUUAAUCUCGGACUCGCAGCGCAGAAUAAAGCAUCUUGCUGGAAUGCCGUUGUGUACCAAGGGGAAAGCUCUUCUGGUCAGAAGUUCACGUCAUCGGCCUCGUCCGGGCCUAAGAAGAGGAAAGGGCCACUUGUCCCAGAUCAAACAUCAAAGCGGAUGGACAGGGGGCGCAUACCUGUUCGAUGGCUCAUGCAUCAGGCAGUGAGCCGCCCUUUUGAAUUCAUCUUCUCGGACAUGCCACCCUUUGAAAAACUUGUCAAUGCACUUGCACGGCCCAUAGAGCAUCCUGUCGAGGACCCGUGCGUGCUGCCUCUCCAGCUCUAG